AUGGGCAUUUUGAAUUAUGUCAAACGACCAGGCAUUUUCCAACGGUCGAAACAAUUAAUAACAGCCCGAAAGGAGAUACAGAACCCAUCCCCGGAGUUGAAGAAGACGGCUGGCUACAAGAAAGUGCUACGUUGUUGUGAGCAGGCGGCGUCCGUUGGCUUUGAUUAUGUCUGGAUCGACACGUGUUGCAUCGAUAAGACAGAUAAAUUCGAACUCACCGAGGCGCUCAAUUCCAUGUUUCACUGGUAUCGACAGUCACAGGUUUGUUACAGUUACCUGACCGACGUUCCUGGCAAUGAAGAUCCUCGAAGCCCGAAUUCUGCCUUUCGGAGGAGCCGAUGGUUUACCAGAGGAUGGACCCUUCAAGAAUUGCUCGCUCCUCUGUACGUCAUCUUCUUUAGUGAAGAUUGGACCGAGAUAGGAACGAAAGCCAGUUUACAGGAGGUGAUAUCGGAGGUCACCGGUAUCAGUUCUCAAGUCCUCUUGACAAACUACGCAGGCGAAAUCAGCGUAGCUCAGAGAAUGGCCUGGGCUUCGAAAAGGGAAACAGCAGAGGUGGAAGACCAAGCGUACUGCUUGAUGGGACUGUUUGGUGUCAAUAUGCCGACAAUGUAUGGGGAGGGCGAAAAUGCUUUUCAGCGCUUACAGCUUGAGAUCAUAAAGGUAUCAGACGAUCAUUCAAUCUUUGCGUGGACUGGGCCUGGUCCAGAGCGGGGUCUGCUAGCACGCUCUCCUAGAGAAUUUGCCCAUUGCGGCAGUGUCCGCCGGUACGGUGAUGAUACACUGACGUCUCCAUUCUCCAUGACCAACAAGGGCUUGAAUAUCAAGCUGCCUCUCAUACCGUGCCAUAAUUUGGAAGGAGACGAUGUUUUCCUAGCCGUUCUCAACUGCCAACGCAAAAAGGAAGAACACUCGAAGGAUCGAUAUCCCUUUGGGAUAUACCUACGAAGGCUCAAAGGUAAUCGGUCAAAUCACUACAUCAGAGUUAAAACAGAGCGAAUUGAGGAGCUAAAACGCCAAAUUUCUUUCAAUGAGACAUCGGAUAUAUACGUCAGGGGAAUGGACCCGUCUAGAUUUGACGUUGUGCACUGGAUGCAACGAGAGGACCGCUAUAUUUUCUCCAUCAAGAAACGCCCGAAUGGUCUCCCCCAGGUUGAAUACAAUAAAAUGGCCAGGCGGGAGGUAAGCAAAGAAGAAAUCCGAUUAACAUUUGGUGACAGUGGACAUUCUGGUAUUUUAAUUUUCAAGGACAAGAACGGACGGAUCCUUGUGAUCAUCCUCGGGGUGCACAAUUACAAUGUCUGGUGUGAUAUCGCGACUGGCUAUGAUCAUGAAGACGUCAAAACCAUUGCAAGAGAGUACUGGGACGGUGUGAGAUCAGGAGCGCGAUGGGCGCAACCUGGACAGGAGAACUGCAUCUCUUCCUGGUGGAGGGUCGGUCUUUCUUGCCAUCAAGAAGGGGCGAGUCUCCGGCCACCGAGCAUAUUUCAUUGA